AUGGAGGAGGAGGAAUGGCAACAGAGCUUGCGGAAGCAGAGCCAGUCUCUUGAUCUGCGCUGUGUCAAGACCGAGCUCGAGCUUCUGAAGGCCCUAGUGGAACUCACACGCUCAGCAGAUCCGGACGUCUGCCUGGGUUGGGAGCUCCGCAGCCGUAGCUGGGGCUUCCUCCUCGCGCGGGCGCGGGCGUUGGGGGCCGAGGACCUGCGGAAGCAGCUCUCACGCGUACCUCAAGAUGCCAGCUCCUUGCCGCUGCCGCUGCCGCACUCAGCCGCCGCACAGCCGGUUGGCCCUGGCCAAGAUCCUCGCACCUACGAGUCAGAGAUGAUCGCCCCCAGCGAUUUGCAACUUCCAGGCCGGCUCCUGCUCAAUGUCUGGCGACUCCUGAUGCACAUCACCUUCGGAGCCAAGUUGCGUAGCUUUGCCCCGCAGGAGGCGGCGAAGGAGUUGCUCGGGCGCAGCUUCCCAUACCUCCCCGCUGGCGAGGUUGACCGGCACUGGCUGAAGGGGUGCACGGGAGCUCGCCUCGCCCUGCUGCAACACACCGCCGCGCUGGCCAACCUCUCCUUGGAGGUCUCCGAUGCUUUGGAGAUCUUCCCUCGAGCGGGCGAGCUCUCGACGAAGGCAUCUUGCAUGUCCAAAGUUGAAGGCCCACCCGCUGGAGAGAAGACUCCAGAAAGCGGCAAAGCCGAGCUGCAGGACAUCAUCCAUCAAAUUGGCUUGGGCCCUGCGCAGAUCUUCUGGGGAAUCCUGGGUGGUGGCAUUUGGCUUGCGGAUGGCGCAGAGCUACUUCUGGUCAGUUCGGUGACGAGGUCUUUGCAAAGCGAGUGGCACUUGACUUCGUACAUGAAAGGUAUAAUCGUCUCUGCAGUGUACCUGGGAAUUCUCAUAGGCAACUACUCAAGCGGGCCUUUCAGCCAGCGAUUUGGCCGACGAGAGAUGAUCAUUGCAUCGUACUCGGGAAUCUUCCUGUGCGGAAUCUUGAGCUGCGUGAGUGCUUCUGCCUUCGAGUUUCUGGCCAUCCGAUUUGUUGGUGGCUUCUUCAUCGGUAUCGGCCAGCCCGCAUGGCUUGCAAUCAGCUCGGAAGUUACCCCGCCUGAAUGGAGAAUCGCGAUGACUGCCGCCGCGACGUCCCUCUUCCCGCUUGGGGAGCUGUAUGUCUCCUUUGUGAUCAUGACGGACGACGUGACGAUGCAGGCGCUGGACUGGCGCGUGCUCCUGCGGCUGGGGGCGCUGCCCUCCCUCUGCCUCACAGCCCUGAGCAUGGCCUUCCUCAAUGAGUCGCCCAUCUUCUUGGCGCAGAAGGGCCGCGUCAAGGAAGCGAGGAUGGUCGUAGAGACCAUGGCCCGGCAGAACCAGACGAUGCCAAGCAGUUUGAGUUUUAAACACCCGCGGGUGAGACAACCCGAUGCAUCCCUCCUGAGCCAGAUGCGCCGACAAAUGGCGGUGGUUUUUCAUAAGUCCCUUUUCGUUCCGACACUCGUCUUGAUGGGGACAUGCUUUACUGUGAACAUGAUCUACUUUGGCAGCCUGUUUGCUUUUCCACAAGUGCUUCCCACGCUGAUGCAUGGUCACGCUGCCUCCCAGCUGCUUGUUGGAGCGUUGUGGGAGCUGCCUGGGACGGCGGUAGGAUGGUUGCUGGGCAUGUAUGCUCCCAGGCGGACUGGUCUCAAGGUCUACCUCAUCGCUUUGUCCUGCUUCUUGCUGUGUUUCAUCAUUGGCGUCCAUGACCAGCAGUCCAAACCUCUGAAGGCAAUGCUUUACAUCGGGUACUAUGGUGUCAAGUCUACACCGAACAUUGCCUUCAUCAUAGCCUACCAGAUGUCUGUAGAGCUCUACCCAUCUGAGGCACGCACCAUGGGUUCGGGGCUUUGUCUGGCAUGUGGCCGAUGUGCAGCUAUGGUGGCUCCGAUGGUUUAUGAAUGCAUUGUCGGCUGGACGGGUGGCUUCCUGCCCUUUUUCGUCGUCAUGGCCAGCUUCACCGUGGGCAACUUGUACAUGGUCGACCUGCUGCCGGAGACGUCCGCACUAGAGCACGACGAGCUGAAAGACUCCCCUGAGAAGGCGAUACAUGUUGUCUAG